UUACACCAGCAUCCAUUCUGCUAAGAAACAGAGUGAAGAUGUGGAGAUCAACGUGUGUGACUUUGACCCUGCUCAUGUGUUUAAAAGGUUCACUUUCUCAGCUGAAUGUUUGUGGACAAGCCCCUCUAAACAACCGUAUUGUGGGUGGUGUGGAUGCUCCUGAUGGGUCGUGGCCGUGGCAGGUCAGUCUGCACAGCACCGCCUAUGGAGGUCAUUUUUGCGGAGGAUCCCUCAUCAACAAUGAAUGGGUGCUGACGGCAGCUCACUGUUUACCUGGGAUCAGCACGUCCAGUCUGCGUGUGUACUUGGGAAGGAGGACACAGCAGGGAACAAAUCCCAAUGAAGUCCUAAGAACUGUGAGAACGAAAAUCGUUCACCCCUCCUACAACAGCGACACAUAUGACAAUGACAUCGCUCUGCUGCGCCUGUCCUCCACCGUUACCUUCAAUAACUACAUUAAACCGGUUUGUCUGGCAGCCCAGACCAGUGUCUUCAGUGCCGGCACCAGCAGCUGGAUCACAGGAUGGGGAGAUGUUCAAUCUGGAGUGAACCUAGCAGCUCCUGGGAUUCUGCAGGAAACUAUGGUUCCAGUCGUGGACAACACUCGAUGUAAUAAUCUGCUGGGUUCUGGAUCGGUCACCAGCAACAUGAUCUGUGCUGGUUUAUUGGAGGGAGGCAGAGACGCCUGCCAGGGUGACUCUGGUGGUCCAAUGGUGAGUCAGCAGUGUAAAGUGUGGGUACAGGCUGGUGUCACCAGCUGGGGGUAUGGCUGUGCCGAUCCCAACUCUCCUGGGGUUUACACCCGUGUGUCUCGAUAUCAGUCUUGGAUCACAAACACCAUCGUUCGAAACCUGCCGGGAUUUGUCACCUUCAACCCCCCAAGCUCAUGCUCCUCUGCCAGCCUAACCUCAACCUCCUGUUGGGGAAGAUGCAACGAGAAGUACAACUCUUCAUAUCGCUGCAACUGCAAUACUUUGUGCACAACAAAUUGCUGCAGUGAUUAUAGGCAGCGCUGUGUCGGGCACAGAGUGACUGGGAAGAUGCGGAGAACGACGUGUGUGAUUUUGACCCUGCUCAUGUUUGUAAAAGGUUCACUUUCUCAGCUGAAUGUUUGUGGACAAGCCCCUCUAAACACCCGUAUUGUGGGUGGUGUGAAUGCUCCUGAUGGAUCGUGGCCGUGGCAGGUCAGUCUGCACAGCACCGCCUAUGGAGGUCAUUUUUGCGGAGGAUCCCUCAUCAACAAUGAAUGGGUGCUGACGGCAGCUCACUGUUUACCUGGGAUCAGCACGUCCAGUCUGCGUGUGUACUUGGGAAGGAGGACACAGCAGGGAACAAAUCCCAAUGAAGUCCUAAGAACUGUGAGAACGAAAAUCGUUCACCCCUCCUACAACAGCAACACAAAUGACAAUGACAUCGCUCUGCUGCGCCUGUCCUCAAGAGUUACCUUCAAUAACUACAUUAAACCUGUUUGUCUGGCAGCCCAGAACAGCGUCUUCAGUGCCGGCACCAGUAGCUGGAUCACAGGAUGGGGAGAUGUUCAAUCUGGAGUGAGCCUAGCUGCUCCUGGGAUUCUGCAGGAAACUAUGGUUCCAGUCGUUGACAACACUCGAUGUAAUAAUUUGCUGGGUUCUGGAUCUGUUACCAGCAACAUGAUCUGUGCUGGUUUGACGCAGGGAGGCAAAGACACCUGCCAGGGUGACUCUGGUGGUCCAAUGGUGAGUCAGCAGUGUAAAGUGUGGGUACAGGCUGGUAUCACCAGCUGGGGGUAUGGCUGUGCCGAUCCCAACUCUCCUGGGGUUUACACCCGUGUGUCUCGAUAUCAGUCUUGGAUCACAAACAACAUCAGUCAGAACCAGCCGGGAUUUGUCACCUUCAGCCCUCCAAAAUCAUGCUCCUCUGCCAGCCUAACCUCAACCUCCUGUAGGGGAAGAUGCAACGAGAAGUACAACUCUUCAUAUCGCUGCAACUGUAAUACUAACUGCACAACAAAUUGCUGCAGUGAUUACACACAGCGCUGUGUCGUGUGAAGUAUACCAUAACUCCCCGGAUUCCUCAAAAACAGGUUUAUAAGCAUCUCACUUGAACACAAGUCAGGUGCGAAAACAUCUUUAUCUGCCUGUUCUACCAGAGAUUUUACUUCAGCGCUGCUUUGGAAACGUUGCAGUGCAAACAGUCUGUCAAAGAUUGGCUGCACUGACUACACUCAGGGGUGUAAAUGUAUAUUGUUUAUUUUCAUCAUAAGUUUAACAACAGCACAUAUCUCACUCCUUAAGUAGUAUUUGUAUCUCUCUCUCUCUUUUGUUUGUACUAACUGUAACCAGCUAGAUUAAUUGUAGGCACUUUUAAAAAAAAUCUUCAUUUACCUUUUUUUUUAAUGUAGCUACAUUUCUUAUAUAAAAUUGUUAAUAUAACAAUGACAUGGAAUUUAAAAUUGAUGUCUUCAUUUGUGAUCACAUAUGUUUCUGCUGAACAAUUAAUGGCAAUUUCUUUGAGUUUAAAUUAAUAUUUAUGUAACCAAAUUACUGAACAUAUAAUAAGCAAUGUACUGUAUAGGGCCUAAUGAUAUCAUGGAUUUGAAAAGAAUCAUUAAAUACUUCUAAACACUA